AUGUCUAAUCGCAAAGCAGUUAUUUUACAGAGUCCAGUUAAAGAUCAGCAAGCAAAAAUGAAAGAAAUCAUAACAGACGAUAAGGAUAAAAAGGAUGACGAUGAAUCGAUCAGUGAAAGCAUCGCAAAAAUAAAAUUAGCAGAUAUAAAUCCGGAAGCAAAUGCAGAUAGAGCACACAAAAGAUUACUUAUAGAUCAAACCAUUGUUGAAUCGCAUUUUAAUUUUCUUAAACAAAUAUCACAAGAGAAACCAAAACCUUUUGCAUCUGCCAUAAUUCCUAUGCACAACUAUGACGAAUCCAUUACAUUUUUAGCAAAAAGCGAUCUUGAUGGUACACCAAAUUCGAAACAGUACGUUUUUAUUCCAAAGUCAGUAAUAGACGAUAUAUGCCCAACGUUCUUUGACGAGUAUUGUCAACCUGAUCAAAAUCUUAUUAAUACCUAA